AUUGACUUUUGUCCAUACAGGACCCAGUAGUGACGUAUUUCAUCAGAGGAAAACAUGGCGGCUUUACUGGCGAGGACCCUGUCGGGGUUGCUUAGGUCACCGCUAUCUGUGUCUCUGUGCACCCGGACCACGAACGUGGCUCGGCUGUCCGGCUUCAUCCAAGCUGCUCACCCCUUUUAUGUCGGUUCGGACCCGGCCAAACUUGCUCCGGCGCCUGCUGCAUUCUGUCAAUUAUCCCGGUGCGGCCUCCUCCAAAGGGUAUCGGCUCUUAUUCCCGCUGGGAGUCAGCAGCCCAGCAGAACUCUGACAUACUGCAGUUUAAGGAAGGGAAAGACAAAGACUGUCAAGUCUGUGACACAGCGGUUCAUGAGGCUGCAUUGCGGUCUUUGGAUUCGACGCAAGGCUGGAUACAAGAAGAAACUGUGGAAGAAGAAACCUGCCAGACGAAAGCGACUGAGGGAGCACGUCUUUUGUAAUAAAACACAGUGUAGGCUGUUAGAUAAAAUGACAUCACCAUUUUGGAAAAGGAGGAACUGGUUUGUGGACGAUCCAUACCUGAAGUACCACGACAGAGUCAACCUCAAGUUGUAAUUGAUGUAUUGACAUCUUGUGAUAAUACAAGCUUGCAAACAAGAUCGGCCUUGCAUCCAUCCAUCCAUGAUCCGAGCCGCUUAGCCUCACACGGGUCGCGAAUGUUUUGGAGACGAUCCCAGCAAUCUUCAGGAUGUAGGCAGGGUAGUCAGUCAAUCGCGGGGCACACAAAGAAACAUUCGUGCUCACAAUCACACCUCAGGACGAUUUAGAGUGUUCCAUUUUAAUUAAAUACGCAAGCAGAAACAGUAGUCAGUCACAGAAAAUGUUUGCUUCAUGUUUAAUGACUGUAAAGUGAUUUAAACCAACAAUAAACCACGGGAUCAUGUCA